UUUUAAUUGUAUCAUUAUUAUCCUUUUCAUCUAGCCUAAGGGAGAGAUCAGAGAGUCUGCUUUCUUAGGCAUCAUCCACCCCCACCAUCCCUCCAGGCUAAGAACAGUGUGGCAGACUGAGUUUAUUAAAGUUGAUCUGAAGAGCAAUCUGUUCUAAAAUGACUGUCCCUGGAUCUACCACGGAACCCUGUAAUACCCCUUCAUUACUCUGGCGGGGCAGUACACAUGUCUGUGUGCUACUUUUGUGGCUGACACAAGUUAGGGCAGUGAGAUUGGACUUUGGAUGAUCCUUGUUGAUUGAUAGUAGGAAUGGUGCUUCUUCUGAGACAGCAUGCAAGACGACAGCGUAGAAGCUUCUACUUCCAUUUCUCAGCUUCUAAGAGAGAGCUAUCUAGCAGAAACUAGACAUCGGGGAAACAAUGAAAGGAGUCGAGCAGAGCCUUCCUCCAACCCUUUCCAUUUUGGCAGUCCUUCUGGAGCAGCUGAAGGAGGAGGAGGCCAAGAUGACCUUCCAGAUCUUUCAGCAUUUCUGAGCCAAGAAGAAUUAGAUGAAAGUGUCAAUCUGGCAAGAUUGGCCAUCAAUCAUGACCCUUUGGAGAAAGCAGAUGAAGCUCAAACUAGAAAACGUCUUUCUUCUGAUCAGAUGAAACAUCCAUCUAAAUCAAGUUUUGACCCUAACUUCUGCCAGGAUAACUCUCGCAGUCCUACCAAUUCUAAAGAGAGUCCCCAGGAGGCAGCAAAGCUACAGUAUAGUUCUGAGGCCCAGUCCAAAAAAGUAUUCUUGAAUAAGGCUGCUGAUUUUAUUGAAGAGCUGUCCUCCCUUUUCAAAGCCCAUAGCUCCAAAAGGAUUAGACCUCGUGCCUGCAAAAACCACAAGAGCAAAUUGGAAUCUCAAAACAAAGUUAUGCAGGAAAAUAGCUCCAGUUUCCCAGCUACAUCAGAAAGGAGAGAAAGGGCUUCUGUUCCCAUCCCUAUCCCUGCAGAUACUAGAGAUAAUGAAGUGAAUCAUGCCCUUGAACAGCAGGAAGCUAAGCGGCGUGAAGCUGAGCAGGCUGCCAGUGAAGCAGCUGGUGGAGACACCACCCCAGGGUCUUCACCUUCAUCCUUGUACUAUGAAGAACCUCUAGGACAACCUCCCCGAUUCACUCAAAAGUUAUGGAGCAGAGAAGUUCCAGAAGGAACCAGAGUACAGUUGGAUUGCAUAGUGGUAGGAAUUCCACCGCCUCAAGUAAGGUGGUAUUGUGAAGGCAAGGAGCUUGAAAAUUCCCCAGACAUUCAUAUUGUCCAGGCAGGAAACCUGCACUCACUGACCAUUGCUGAAGCCUUUGAAGAGGAUACAGGACGAUAUUCCUGCUUUGCUUCUAACAUCUAUGGGACAGAUUCAACCUCUGCUGAGAUUUAUAUAGAAGGGGCUUCUUCUUCUGACUCAGAAGGGGACCCUCACAAGGAAGAAAUGAAUCGAGUCCAGAAGCCAAAUGAGGUGUCAUCCCCUCCCACUACUUCUGCAGCCAUUCCUUCAGCAGCACCCCAAGCCCAACAUGUGGUGGCCCAGCCGAGUGUGUCAAUCAUCCAGCAGUGUCGGAGCCCUACCAACUAUUUGCAAGGACUGGAUGGAAAACCUAUCAUUGCAGCUCCUGUGUUUACAAAGAUGUUACAAAAUUUAUCAGCCUCUGAGGGUCAGCUGGUUGUCUUUGAAUGCAGAGUGAAAGGAGCUCCAUCUCCUAAAGUUGAGUGGUACAGAGAAGGGACCUUGAUAGAAGAUUCUCCAGAUUUUAGAAUUUUACAGAAAAAACCCCGAUCCAUGGCAGAGCCAGAGGAGAUUUGUACUCUGGUCAUUGCUGAAGUAUUUGCAGAAGACUCUGGGUGUUUCACAUGUACUGCAAGCAAUAAAUACGGCACAGUGUCAAGCAUUGCACAACUAGAUGUAAGAGGAAAUGAAGACCUCAGAAACAAUGGGUCUCUUCACCCAGCCAGUUCCACCACCAACCUGUCUAUUACUGAGCAACAGCCAUCCCCACCCAACCCAGAGCCUCCUUCGGUGGAACAGCCCCCUAAACCCAAACUGGAAGGAGUUCUGGUAAACCACAAUGAACCCCGGUCCAGCUCGAGGAUUGGGCUCCGAGUACACUUCAACCUGCCUGAAGAUGACAAAGGAAGCGAAGUGUCCUCUGAGGGUGGCAUGGUGACCCCCAACCAGAUCAGGCCUGAUUCUUUCCUGGAGAAAUUCAAUGGACAGGCAGCAAAAAUCUCUGAGCCUUCUUCACCUGUCAAAGAGCCCCCUCCAGUCCUGGCCAAACCCAAACUUGACUCCAAUCAGCUCCAACAGCUUCACAACCAAGUCUUACUGGAACAACAGCAGUUGCAAAACUCAUCUCCUUCAUCUCCUAAGGAGUUUCCUUUCAACAUGAGUGUCUUGAACUCUACUGCUCCCCUGGCAGUGACAACGUCCAGCAAGCACACGAAGUCCCCCUCUUCACAGACGUUCAGCCUGGCCCGGCCAAAGCAUUUCUUCCCCUCCAUGAGCACCACCGCAGCAGCCAUGUCCCCUUCCAGCUCUCCAGUGUUUACCCUGAGCAGCGCUCCUCAAACCAUUCAGAGGACAGUGAGCAAAGAAAACCUCUUAGCUUGUCACCCCUUCAUGCAAACCAAAUCUCUAGGAGCAGUUUCUGUUCAAAACGAGCCACCCCCUCCAGGUCCAUUAGAACCAGCAUCACUACCACUCACAUUUUCCAUCUCCAGCGGAAACCAGUUUCAGCCCCGCUGCGUGUCCCCAGCUCCUGUCUCUCCUACCAGCCGCAUUCAGAAUCCAGUGGCUUUCCUCAGCUCUGUCCUGCCUUCUCUCCCUGCCAUCCCACCCACCAAUUCCAUGGGGCUGCCUAGAAGUGCACCAUCCACGCCAUCCCAGGGACUCAUGAAGAAAAAUACAAAGUCUCCCCAGCCAGUGAAUGAUGAUUCCAUUCGUGAAACUAAGAAUGCAGUAAUUCUAGACUUGGGGAAAAAAAUGAAUUUCAGUGAUGUCAGAUCAAACCAGCAGGAGUACAAAAUUUCAAGCUUUGAGCAGAGACUGAUGAAUGAAAUAGAGUUUCGCUUGGAACGUACCCCUGUUGAUGAAUCAGAUGAUGAAAUCCAACAUGACGAGAUCCCCACAGGCAAGUGUAUUGCUCCCAUCUUUGACAAAAGACUCAAGCACUUCCGGGUCACAGAAGGCUCUCCAGUCAUGUUCACCUGCAAAAUUGUUGGAAUACCUGUUCCAAAGGUUUACUGGUUCAAAGAUGGAAAGCAGAUUUCAAAGCAAAAUGAGCACUGCAAAAUGAAACGAGAAGGAGAUGGAACAUGUUCUCUGCACAUUGAAUCCACCACGAGUGAUGAUGAUGGCAACUACACCAUCAUGGCUGCCAACCCCCAGGGGAGAAUCAGCUGUUCUGGCCACUUAAUGGUACAAAGUUUGCCUAUGCGCAGUCGAGUAACACCUACUGGUCAGUCUCACAGAGGAAGGUCCCGAGUGCAAGAAAAAGACAAGGAGCCCCUACAGGAACGCUUUUUCCGACCACAUUUCCUGCAGGCUCCUGGGGAUAUGGUAGCUCACGAGGGGCGCCUCUGUCGGCUGGACUGUAAGGUGAGUGGCUUACCACCCCCAGAGCUGACGUGGCUGCUCAAUGGCCAACCUGUGCUACCAGAUGCCUCCCACAAGAUGCUGGUCAGAGAGACCGGAGUCCACUCUCUGCUCAUUGACCCACUCACUCAGCGUGACGCAGGGACCUACACAUGUGUUGCUACCAACAAAACUGGACAGAAUUCCUUCAGUCUGGAACUCACUGUAGUAGCCAAAGAAGUGAAGAAAGCUCCCGUGAUCCUGGAGAAACUGCAGAACUGUGGGGUUCCCGAAGGCCACCCCGUGAGGCUGGAGUGCCGGGUGAUAGGCAUGCCACCUCCCGUGUUCUACUGGAAGAAGGACAAUGAGACCAUCCCUUUUACCAGAGAGAGGAUCAGUAUGCACCAGGACACAACAGGGUAUGUCUGCCUCCUCAUUCAGCCAGCCAAGAAAUCAGACGCCGGGUGGUACACGUUAUCAGCCAAGAACGAAGUUGGCAUCGUGUCGUGCACUGCUCGGCUGGAUAUAUAUGCUCAGUGGCACCAGCAGAUCCCGCCGCCCAUGUCCAUCCGGCCCAGUGGCAGUCGUUAUGGAUCUCUCACCAGUAAAGGACUUGACAUUUUCUCUGCCUUCUCCUCAAUGGAAAGCACGAUUGUGUAUUCAUGCUCUUCUCGGAGUGUAGUAGAGAGUGAUGAACUUUAAGAAAGUCCAGGUACCUGCUGUGCAAGGGGGAAGACUGUGGAGGGGGAAGGUGGACAAGCCAGAACCAGUGGUUUCCAAGCAACUGGAUUUGAGUAAGUUCCAAUGCCGCUGGACCUAUGGCAAGAAGUGCUUUGUAUGAGACAGCUGGGGACUCUUGCAGUCUCAGCUGGGGAAGAGAUAUAGGUCUUUGCCUUUUAAAGAUUCCAACAAAACAUGUGAGGAGACAAUAACAGAUGAACCAAAGAUGUCAUGCCGCUGCCAUCCACUGCUUUGGGGAAAAGCUAGCAUGCUCCCUGCCCCAUGCUAUGUUAGGGAUGUUUAGGCCUUGCUAGGAGCAAUUAGGGGCCAUAUGCUUGGGCUGAGAAGAGUUAGACAGUAGUGACCUUAGGUGUUACUAACACCAAAGAGUGCAAAGGAAAAAGAUGGGAAGGUCUCCAGCAACCUUCAGUGAUUACAUUCAUAGCUGUAGUUUUGGUGGCUUAAGACAGCUUCUACUUAGCCCUAGGAGAUCAUGCCAUACAACUCACAUGUGUGGAGAAGCAUUUUUUAUUUGCUUAUCCUGAGUGUACUGAGCCACAUAAUAAGGCAACAAAAUGUGCUUGAGAUACAAAAUCACUGAAACACUCAAUAUUGCACAGUGCAGUAUUCUAUAGCUAGAAGAGGGCUCCACCCACCUGUCUGCACCAUAUUCUUUUGGAUACAAUGGUGAUUGGUUUUUCUUUCUGAAUUUAUAUAUCCCUAGACUCUAGAACUAAGGGGUUGUUAAUAAACUAACCAGAAAAAUCUUCUCCGGAGACACUCUUUACACUACUAUCUUCAAUUGCCACUUACAAAACGGACAAGAAUUAUCACCCUCUGCCCAUAAAUAUACUGAUCCUCCUGCCCCUCCCCUCUCCCAAAAGUCUGGAGUGUGCGACAGUGAGAGAAGAAGAGAUGCAACAAGGGGAGAAGUGAUGAGAGAGUGUUCUUCACUUGCCCUCACAGAGCAGUGGUUGUGGGAUGAGAGGUCUUUAAUGGUUGUGAACUGCUCUGAGAUCAUUCAUCAAAUUGCAUUUUCUCCAUAUAAAAUAUUAUGCUAACUGAAAAGGUGGAGGAAAGGGGAAUUUGCCUCUUUUUUCUAACCCACCAAUUCAAAACCUGCCUUCCAACUUAAGGAAUUUUUAGACUUAAGUUCACUGCAAUAUCCCCAGUGCCUAGAAGGGUACUUAGCACAGAGUAAGCAUUCAAUAAAUAUUUGUUGGAUGAGUGAAUCUUACAUUAGACAGAGAAAUCUACAAUUAAUGCACGAGUCAAAAAAUUGUCCUGGGGAUACUCAUCACAGCAUAGUUCGCCCCCAGGCUCACCAGUGACAUGAAUUGGAAGUAUCUGUCCCAGCAGGCAUCUUACUCAAGUGAACAAAUAGUAAUUGCUUAGAAAGGCUUGAAAUGUUCUUUUUCUUUACUUCAAGGCAAGGAUAUUCAGUAUAAAAAUAAGUUCAUUCACUCAAAAAUCACUUUUGUGUAUGUAAGAUGCUAUGCUUGAGACUGUGGGCAAUGCAAAGAGACGAAGAAGACACAGUCCCUGCCCACAGGGAGCUUACAGUCUAGUAGAGGAGAUAAGAUAGAAGCCACGCAGAGUGCUGCUUCUUAGCACUUGUUUUAGGACAAAAAAAGUCUAUUCUUUAUCAAAUAGAAGUUUCUAGAUCUCUUCAUCCAACAUUUUUCAUGUCUCUAAAAUCAAGGCUUCAAUUAUUUAACAGAAUGAUUAGACUUUGCUUCCUCUUUUCAUGUAUGCAGGAACAAUGCUAAAAAUAUAGGCAACUGCAAUAAAAAUAGAAUGCAUUUAACAUAGAAUGCAUCCUGUAAAAUGUUCUACUUCCAUACUGGCUUCUAUUAUGAAAUCUAUUAACCAAAGAGAAGUUUCUAACUCCAAGGUGGUCUCUUCACAGUUAUACACCUGACCUCCCCAUCACAUUUACUUUUGAAAACCCGACAGUUUUCCCAGGAAAGGAUAUUCUUCAUCGUUAUAUAUCUUAGCUUUCUGAAUAUUUUAUUAUCUCUUGGCUUCUAGUGUUCAACAGAGACCUGGGAUAAAUAUUCUAUUUAUCCAUUAGAUGGUGCUGUCUGACCUAAAAUAUAGAAGCCUUCCCCUCCACCCGCCACCUCUGCCCACCCUACCCCCCACCUUCCAAUUUGAAAUUUGAGCUAUUUAUUGGCUUAUAUUAAAGCAGGGUUUCUCAGCCUCAGCAUCAUUGACUUUUGGGGCAACAUAAUUCUCUGUUUGGGGUGGAGGGACUAACCUGGGCACUCUAGGAUGCUUAGCAGCAUCCCUGGCCUCUAACCACUAAAUGCCAGUAGCAUAGCAGCCCCUGCUGGGGUUGUGGCCACUCAAACCACCCCCAGACAUUGCCAUAUGUCCUCAGAGAUGCAGAAUCCCCCUUUGCUGAGAACUACUGAGUUAAACAAAUCAGUGUCCUGCUUUGAGAAUUCCAAAAGAAUUCAGUUACAAUGAGGAAUACUUAUAUAAGAGAUUUUAGUUCUGCUGGGUAUAUCUGGGUAUACUCAGCGUAUCCAGAAGAUUCAUCAUCUUCCUUUUUGUAAGUGAUUCUUCAACCCAGUUUAAUAAUUUCUAUUAAUAACACACAGUCAUCCAAAUAAAAAUCAUCCAAGUCAUUUUUUACUUCCUUUAUCCCAUCAAUUGAUAAGUCCUGCUUACUCUAACACUAUGAUUUACAUUCAGCCCUUCCUUCUCAUCCCCUACAGUUCUCCAGUCAGACUUUCAUUAUUUUAGUAAUUUCCUUCAGUAUUCCUGACCUCAACAUGAUAAAAUACUUUUAAGUGGCUUUUCUGCCUCUAGUCCUAUUGUUUCUCCCCACUCAAAUCCAGCCCAAAUCUCAGCAUCGCUCAUCCUGCCCAAAGUACUUCUCCAGCCUUACCAUUCCCCCAUUUCAAACCCCAGUGGCUCCCUGGAGCUAACUCAGGUGCCAGCUGUUCUGCCCUGUUGCUCCAACAUGAUCCCAAAGCUUUUCACCCAUUACUCAGAAAACAUAGCCAGUGUGGCAGCAGACGUAUUAACACAGGCCCCUGCUUUCCAGCCACAUGCCUCCCUUUUGUCUCCACCUGGAAGUCUCUCUCCCUAGUCAACACCUAUAGAAAUCCUACCUGUUCUGAAAGUCCAUCGCAAAGGCCACUGCCUCUGUGAAUUCCUUUGUGAUCCCCCUCCCAGACCCCAACCAAAUACAAUUCCACCUUCCUUGAAACCUUAUAGUGAAUGUCUUGAGUCUGGGAGAAGAGAACUUUGUAUAGUAUUUUAUGUAAAACACAGCCUCUAUACAUCUGCCUACACUAGAUUUUAGCUACCUGUCGGUAUGGACUGUGUCAAAAGUUUGCCAUGUACCUUAUAAGAGCAGGCACUCAAUAAAUAUUUACUGAUCUAAAUUGAACUUUAAAAUCCAUGUAAGUCAAUAUUUGUUUCCAUAUAAAGUGAAUCUCCUGGGGAGUUUUUAAGAAUCCCGGUGCCCAAGCCACAACCCCAAAUCAGAAAGUCCUAAUUUUGGAAUUGUGGCCUAGGCACCAGUGUUUUUUAAAGCUCCCCAGGUGAUUCCAAUAAGAACAAAGGUGCAGAAGAGUCGUUUCAGAACUCACCCAGAAAGGUCCAAAGGGACGCAGAGGACGGAAAGCUGUUGUGCCGGCCUCGGUGAAGGAUGUGCUCCCCCUGUCGCCCAAGCAGUGCCAGCACGCCUGGAAAGUAGAAAUAAAUGCGCACUUUGGCCUCACGAGCCCCUAAUGUUUUCCAUAGUGUUCAUUAGACAUGUGGCAUUCUUGAAGCCCCCCAGGGAACCUCAAAAACAUGUAAAAAUGGACCAGGGAAAGAGGGAAAGUUGGUGCAAUUCAUCUGGCCCUUUGUUUCAAAAAGCCGUACUGAUCCCGUAAGAACCCUCCUCUCCAAAGAACUGAAGGGCUUUUUAUAACGUAGUCAGUCACAGAAAUGGGGUCGGAGGGAAAGUGGAGAAAGAAAAUGAGCCAUCAAAACCUCACUGCCUGUUAGAAACAUAGUGUCCUUCACCAAAGUAAGAUUUGAAUCAUAAUUGCCAAGUAGUAGGACUGGUUUAAUGCAUUUUGUAAAAAAUUUUUACUUGUCACUUAAUGUUCAUAGGCAUCCAGUGAGAAAUUAAAUGGUCAGGAGACUAGCAGUGAUAGAGCUAGAGCCUUGAAUGACACAUGUCAUGGAGAGUAACUCCCAGAGGGGUGAAAAACUGACUUUUGUAGGAACGGGUUGAUUUGGAUAAUCUUCAAAUGAUAAAUGGGUUGCCUUCUAAAUAUUCACUUGUAAAUUGGUUGUUUAAAACUCAAAAUCCAUUUUCUUACACAUGUACCACCCAAUGCUACUUUCCCAAGUGAACCUGGUAAAGCCCAUGUAAUUCAUGACUGAGUUACAGUAUUUAGUACAGCGGAUUGGGCGAUGAUUUGGAAUCCAGGCAAAACAGCCAGUAAAAGGAGAAGAAAGACUUCUUCCUUCUCCCUUUUUGUGUCUAUGAUGUGUCAAAGUUAAAGGAUGUCUAUGGUCCUUUCUGUAUCUAUCCUCAAUCUGUGGUUUUUUUCCCUGGGUGCCCCAAACUCCAUGCCCUGUAAUCCGCCUGCUGUAACCCAUUCCAUCUCACCCCGCCCCUGUGAGCAUGUUAGCAUGCUUCAUGAUCCAAAACGAUCUAACUCCAGUUCCAUGCAUCUUGUCUCGAUAUUCUGAAGAAAGUAGUCCAGGUGAACAGAUUCUGAAUGCCUUUAACUUGCCAGAGGUGCUGCAUUUUAAAAGGGUUGCUUUCUUACUCCCAUCAACUUCUGAUAGAAUUAGACAAAGUUAAAAAAAAAAAAAAGUCAGGCUGUGAGAAGUCUAGAAAACUGGCUGGGUCAAACACCCAAAUUGUCCUCGUUGGUCACAGACUUCUUCAGGACUCCUCCUCCCCACAUACUCCCAAAGCACCUUCCAAGCUGAGAUCCUGGCCUGAGUCUGUUUGUAUAUGGGCUUUAAGUCGGCUGUAAACUUAAAGACAAAUUUACUCAUAAUGAACUCUAUUCAAGGUCCCCUACAGGGUCCUUGGGUAACCUGGUCUCAAAGUAUUUCUGCUGAGGGUCAAGUUGAAAAUCAAUGUGCCUUACCAGUAAGAUCUAUAGUUACUUAGACUGCAAUAGAAUUUGCUACAGUUCUUUUCACCACUAAUUGCCUUUUCUUGUUUUAAGUGGAUCAAUAUUUCAGGAAGUUAAUUACUAAAGCUUUGCCUGAAGAAUGCCAAGCAUCUUCUAAACUUUGACAAUGUGCUAAAAUCAAUAUGCUAAAAAAGUUGCAAAUACUAUGUUUUUAAAAAUCUGUGCAGUGCAAAAGAAUGCAUAUUUGUUAAAAAUAUGUUUGCCUCUUGUUUCUGUCUAAUUAUACAUUAGUUAGCAUAUUUGGUAUGAUAGAACCAUAAAUAGGAUGCCUUUUGUUAACAUGUAAAUAAUGGUCACUUCAAACUCCGAAGAGCAAUAGUCUUGAAAUUGCACAAAAUAGAGAAAACACACUUUUCAAUCCUCUGAAAAUUGUGCCAUAAAUGCUAAGAGUAAGCAUAAAGAAAAUGAUUGUACUGUAGAAGCAUAGAAACACUAAUUUGCCAAAAGAUUUAAAUAUGUUAGUGAAUAGAAAAUGUUUUGCUAAUAAUAAAAAUUAAAAUAUUUCAACAUUAUUUGAAAAUAUUUUAAGGCUGAAUUGAAAUAAAUGUACAUUUUUCUUUAAAAAGCAGAAAACAGUUCUAAUUUUCAGGUUUAAUAAUUACUUUGAUGGUAAAAGAACUGAUUUUUUAAUGUACAAAGACAUUUGUGAUUUUAAAAGUGAUUUUUAAAAAUUAUACUUAUGAUUAUAUAAAUUACUACAUGAAUUAUAACCUGGUUAACUAUCUCCAGAGCUACAGAAAGAUGACUGGGUUUUGGUCUUUCUAAAUGAAAGACUGGACAUUUUCUAAAAUGUCCAGUAGAUUCACCAGACUUCUCACAGAAUGUUCUUUAACAAUCUAAGAUUAAAAUUCAUCCUGCUUCCUAACU